CCAUCCAAUCCAUUCUUGAGGCAAAGAUGGCGACGUCCAGGCCGGGAGCGUCGCCGAGUUAUUCCGGCUGCAAUUUCUUGCGCCAGCGUCUCUUAUUAUCCACACUGAGCAGCAAACCCGUCGAGAUCAAAAAUAUCCGUCACAAGGAAGACGAACCCGGCUUGAAAGAAUUCGAAGUGGACCUGCUCAAGUUACUCGAGAAGGUGACCAACGGGACCGUUGUCGAAAUCAGCGAAACAGGCACCUCGUUACUCUACAAACCAGGACUUCUGACUGGCGGCCGGAUUGAGCAUGACUGCUGCACACAGCGGUCCAUCGGUUACUAUCUGGAGGCGCUCGUCUGCCUGGCACCGUUCUGCAAAAAGCCCAUGGAUGCGCAACUUACCGGUGUCACUCACCACCAUCUUGACCCAUCUGUGGAUGCCAUCAAGCAAGCCACCCUCCCAGUCCUCGCAAAGUUCCUGAGGUCCGAGGGGCUCGAGCUCCACGUCAAGGCCCGGGCCGUGGCUCCGAACGGCGGUGGGAGGGUCCGGUUCCGCGCGCCGCUCUGCCGGUCGCUGCGACCGGCAAAGCUCCUCAACCCCGGCAAAGUAAAGCGGAUCCGCGGAUGGGCGUUUGCGGUCCGCGUGUCUCCGCUCGUCGCCAGCCGCCUUGUGCAAGCCGCCAAAGGGGUGCUGCUCAAGUGCCUGCCCGACGUGUACAUCUACACGGAUCACGCGGGCGGCGGCGGCCAGAACCCCCGGUCGCCCGGGUUCGGGAUCUGUCUCGUCGCAGAAACGACGGAGGGCACCUUCUUCUGCGCGGAGGCGCUGUCGCGACCCGACGGCGAGGAGGGCGCUGCACCGAGCGUUCCGGAGGACGUGGGGGAGGAAGCGGCCUACGCCCUGCUGCGUGAAGUCUAUAGGGGUGGCUGCGUGGACUCAACCAAUCAGGGACUGGCGGCCCUGUGCAUGUGCCUCUGCCCUCCCGACGUGUCCAAGUGUCUGGUGGGGCCUCUCACGCCGUACACGAUCCAGCUCCUCCGCCACCUCCACCACUUCCUCGGCGCUACGUUCAGGGUGGACGAAGAAAGACGGCAGGGCGACUCUGCGGAGGGCUGCUCCAAGGUGCGGCUGACGUGCGUCGGCGUGGGCUUUGCCAACCUGGCCAAGAGCGUGUCCUGACGAGUCGACGACGUCGUGUGGCAAUAAACAAGCGUGCUCUUUA